AUGCUUUACAUAGCUGACACGAUCAAUCACCGUGUUGUUCGUUAUCUGGGAGGUGCAUUAUCCGGUACUGUAGUUUCUGGUGGUAAUGGAGCUGGUUUCAAUAAUAAUCAGCUGAAUUACCCGAUUGAUCUUUAUUUUGAGUCAUCAUCAAAUAGUUUGAUGAUUGCUAAUGCUGGAGCAAACAUUAUUGUUCGUUGGACUAUAGGUGCCAGUAAUUGGACGCUGAUAGCUGGAAAUUCAAAUGGAACAAUUGGCAGUACAUUGACUAUGUUUUACUAUCCAGUUACUGUAAUAUUCGACAGCUAUGGCAACAUAUAUGUGACUGAUACUUAUAAUCAUCGUAUUCAGUUUUUUUCUUCUGGUUCACAAACAGGUACAACAAUUGCUGGUGUUGUAGGCACGCAAAGACAUAAUGAUACUCUACUUAAAUAA